UCAUGACAAUAAUAUUGUGAAUAAUUGUGAUGCACAAUUCGACGACUCGCAUGUCGACUUAGCAGACGUGUCCUGUUAUAGUGAAGACAAUUAAAUAUAUUUAUUUGGUGUGUUCAACAGUCUACAGAGCCGGACAAAAAUGGAGACAUUCAAAUUUUCGAAUGAUAAAAAACAUGUCACCGAAGCUGUAUUUAACGGGUCAGUGUUCUAUGAAGUUUACAAAUACGCUGAUUUCCUGAAGGAAAAAGAAAAUGUUGCUAUAAUAUUGGCCAAGGCCUACGAUUUGAGGCAACGAUUGAAGGAAGUCAAGCCGGGGCAGUGCAUCAAAGUACAAGAUAUGUACAUCAUUCCAGAGUUGCCGUUAAUGAUUAAAAAAACCGGCCCGAACGUGGCGCUCAAGCCAAGCGAUUUCACAAUAAAUCGUUUGACGGGAUUAACAGCUGCGUUCGCCUUCCAGAACCGUCGGCGCUUCCCCCAGAUAUUUUCAAGCGAAGCUCACGCCAUCGGCCUGGAGUGGGACAACGCGGUCGAAUUAAAAUGCCGUUUAUACUUAUCGGCGGUCAGCGGCGCUGAGCACUUCCUUAAAAUAUUCGGGGUUUAUCCUCUCGUUUGCGCUUUAAAGAAAUAUCAAAUGAAAAAACUACCAUUGGAACUCGUGAUUAAAGCCGGUAAGAUUAAGAACGAGAAAGGCGAACGUAUGGCGUCGGUUUUGCAGAGAAAUAACGCUAAGCUAAACAUUGUCUGGACUAUGUUCCCCGAUACGGGUUCAAAUAACUUGUCUGCCAUUUUGAUGAAUGCCCCGGCCGAACUAAAAGCCUUGUUCAGAGGUUGAAAUUGCGAUCGCGACUCUUAUAAGAGUCUCAAUACGAAAAAUGAUCGGUUUCUUUAUAUAACAAUACACAGCCUACAUUCUUAUUUUAUGUAACUUUCUAGUAAUAUAACGGUCUGCUUCUAGAAAAAAUUUAAAAUGUAGGUAUCUAUUGAUGUAUUAAUGUAUACAUUACAAUAUAUGUGUGUUUAU